ACUCGAUCAUAGGAACGGUAAGGGGGGGCGCUCGAGCCACGUCUCUGAAUCAAAUCAACUCAUCAAGGCAUAUUCUGUACUAACUAAGCGGAUGUCUCUGCUAUCCGUCUGAUAGCAAGAAGAUGUCCACCCCUGACCCACCCAUGGGGGGCACCCCUCGUCCGGGUCCCUCCCCAGGUCCAGGGCCCUCUCCCGGGGCCAUGCUGGGCCCCAGUCCGGGGCCCUCUCCAGGCUCCUCCCACAGCAUGAUGGGGCCCAGCCCAGGGCCUCCCUCGUCUUCCGGGGGCCACCCCCUGCCCCAGCCUGGGUCCUCCAGCUACUCCCAGGAGAGCAUGCACCCUCUGCACAAACCGAUGGAGGGCAUGCAUGAGAAGGGCAUGAGCGAGGAGACCCGCUUCACCCAGAUGAAGGGCAUGCCCUUGAGGCAGGGCGGUCACAGUGGCAUGGGCCCCCCACCCAGCCCCAUGGACCAGCACUCUCAAGGCUACCACUCUCCAUUAGGGGGCUCCGACCACUCCAGCCCGGUCCCUGCCAACGGCCCUCCCUCCGGCCCUCUCCUCUCCUCCUCUUCCUCCUCCUCUUCCACCUCCUCUGGAGGUCCGGGUCAGGGCCCAGGCCCUGCCCCCCUGGAAGGCCCUAGUGGGGACCCCCAGUCCCUGGGCCAACAGAACCGUCCCGGACCCACCACCACCACCACAGGCCCUGGCCCUGGCUCCUCUACCGGGGGCCCUGGGGGGCCCACACCCUUCAACCAGAACCAGCUCCACCAGCUGAGGGCCCAGAUCAUGGCCUACAAGAUGCUGGCCCGCGGGCAGCCCCUCCCAGACCACCUCCAGAUGGCGGUCCAGGGGAAGAGGCCCAUGCCUGGGAUGCAGCAGCAGCAGCCUCUGCCCAGCCUGGCCCCUGGAGUUGGGGGUGGAGGAGGGGGGCCAGGGCCUGGACCAGGACCAGGGCCCAUGAGCCAGGGAUAUACCCGAGCCCACGGGAUGAUGGGGCCCAACAUGCCCCCCCCAGGCCCAUCUGGGGGACCAGCCGGGAUGCAGGGUCCGAACCCCAACGGACCCCCCAAAUCCUGGCCUGAAGGGCCCAUGGUGAACGCGGCCGCCCCCUCCAACGCCCCCCAGAAGCUGAUCCCUCCGCAGCCCACAGGCCGGCCCUCCCCGGCCCCGCCCUCCGUGCCCCCGGCCGCCUCCCCGGUCAUGCCCCCCCAGACCCAGUCCCCGGGGCAGCCGGCCCAGCCCGCGCCCAUGGUAACCCACCACGCCAAGCAGAACCGCAUCACGCCCAUCCAGAAGCCCUGCGGCCUGGACCCUGGGGAGAUCCUGCAGGAGAGGGAGUACAGGCUGCAGGCUCGUAUCACCCACCGCAUCGUCGAGCUGGAGAACCUGCCCGGCUCCCUGGCUGGAGACCUGAGGACCAAGGCCACCAUCGAGCUCAAGGCCCUCCGCCUCCUCAACUUCCAGAGACAGCUGCGUCAGGAAGUGGUGGUGUGCAUGAGGCGGGACACGGCCCUGGAGACGGCCCUGGACGCCAAGGCCUACAAGCGCAGCAAGCGCCAGUCCCUUAGGGAGGCGCGCAUCACCGAGAAGCUGGAGAAGCAGCAGAAGAUCGAGCAGGAGAGGAAGCGCCGGCAGAAACACCAGGAGUACCUGAACAGCAUCCUGCAGCACGCCAAAGACUUUAAGGAGUACCACCGCUCCGUCACGGGGAAGGGCCAGAAGCUGACCAAGGCGGUGGCCACCUACCACGCUAACACGGAGCGCGAGCAGAAGAAGGAGAACGAGCGCAUCGAGAAGGAGAGGAUGAGGAGGCUGAUGGCGGAGGACGAGGAGGGCUACCGGAAGCUGAUCGACCAGAAGAAGGACAAGCGCCUGGCCUACCUGCUGCAGCAGACGGACGAGUACGUGGCCAACCUCACGGAGCUGGUCCGCGCCCACAAGGCCGUGCAGGCGCUGAAGGAGAAGAAGAAGAAGAAGAGGAAGAAGAAGCUGGAGAACGCAGAGGGCCAGACCCCAGCCCUGGGCCCGGAUGGAGAGCCUCUGGAUGAGACGAGCCAGAUGAGUGACCUGCCUGUGAAGGUGAUCCAUGUGGACAGUGGCAACAUCCUGACGGGGGUGGAUGCCCCCAAGGCCGGACAGCUGGACACCUGGCUGGAGAUGAACCCCGGCUACGAAGUGGCCCCGCGCUCCGACAGCGAAGACAGUGGCUCCGAAGAGGAAGAGGAGGAAGAGGAGGAGCUCCAGCCCUCCCAGGCUCCGGUGGAGGAGAAGAAGAAGAUUCCGGAUCCCGACAGCGAGGACGUGUCGGAGGUGGAUGUGCAACACAUCAUCGAACACGCCAAACAGGAUGUGGAUGACGAGUACGGCAGCGCCGCGUUCGCCCGGGGGCUGCAGUCCUACUACGCCGUCGCCCACGCCGUCACCGAGAGGGUGGACCGCCAGUCCACGCUGCUCAUCAACGGCCAGCUCAAACAGUACCAGAUUAAAGGUCUGGAGUGGCUGGUUUCUCUCUACAACAACAACCUGAACGGGAUCCUGGCUGAUGAGAUGGGUCUGGGGAAGACCAUCCAGACCAUCGCCCUCAUCACCUACCUCAUGGAGAACAAGCGCCUCAACGGACCCUUCCUCAUCAUCGUGCCCCUCUCGACUCUGUCUAACUGGGUGUAUGAGUUUGAUAAGUGGGCGCCCUCCGUGGUCAAAGUUUCCUACAAGGGCUCUCCUGCCGCCAGAAGAGCUUUCGUUCCUCAGCUGCGGAGCGGCAAGUUCAACGUGCUGCUCACCACCUACGAGUACAUCAUCAAGGACAAACAGGUCCUGGCCAAGAUCCGCUGGAAGUACAUGAUCGUGGACGAGGGCCACCGCAUGAAGAACCACCACUGCAAGCUGACCCAGGUGCUGAACACCCACUAUCUGGCCCCGCGGCGGGUGCUGCUGACGGGCACGCCGCUGCAGAACAAGCUGCCGGAGCUCUGGGCGCUGCUCAACUUCCUGCUGCCCACCAUCUUCAAGAGCUGCAGCACCUUCGAGCAGUGGUUCAACGCCCCCUUCGCCAUGACUGGGGAGAAGGUGGACCUGAACGAGGAGGAGACCAUCCUCAUUAUCCGGCGCCUCCACAAGGUGCUCCGCCCCUUCCUGUUACGCAGGCUGAAGAAGGAAGUGGAGGCUCAGCUGCCGGAGAAGGUGGAGUACGUGAUCAAGUGCGACAUGUCGUCUCUCCAGAGGGUGCUGUACAGACACAUGCAGGCCAAGGGGGUGCUGCUGACAGACGGCUCGGAGAAGGACAAAAAGGGUAAGGGAGGAACCAAGACUCUGAUGAACACCAUCAUGCAGCUGAGGAAGAUCUGUAACCACCCCUACAUGUUCCAGCAGAUCGAGGAAUCUUUCUCCGAGCAUUUGGGGUUUUCGGGCGGCAUUGUUCAAGGUCCUGACCUAUACCGCGCGUCGGGGAAGUUUGAGGUCCUGGACCGUAUCCUGCCCAAGCUGAGGGUGACCAAUCACAAGGUGCUGCUCUUCUGUCAGAUGACGUCACUCAUGACCAUCAUGGAGGACUACUUUGCCUACCGCAACUUCAAGUACCUGCGUCUGGAUGGCACCACCAAGGCGGAGGACCGCGGCAUGCUGCUGAAGACGUUCAACGACCCGGCCUCCCAGUACUUCAUCUUCCUGCUCAGCACGCGGGCGGGGGGGCUGGGCCUCAACCUGCAGUCGGCUGACACCGUGGUCAUCUUCGACUCGGACUGGAACCCUCACCAGGACCUCCAGGCCCAGGACAGGGCGCACCGCAUCGGGCAGAUGAACGAGGUGCGCGUGCUGCGCCUCUGCACCGUCAACAGCGUGGAGGAAAAGAUCCUGGCGGCGGCCAAGUACAAGCUGAACGUGGACCAGAAGGUCAUCCAGGCGGGCAUGUUCGACCAGAAGUCGUCGAGCCUGGAGCGCCGCGCCUUCCUGCAGGCCAUCCUGGAGCACGAGGAGCAGGACGAGGUCGGCGCCAAGGGGGUGUGGCGCACCGGGGGGGCGUGGGAGGAGGAGGAGGUUCCGGACGACGAGACCGUCAACCAGAUGAUUGCCCGGAGCGAGGAGGAAUUCGACCACUUCAUGCGUAUGGAUCUGGACAGGCGGCGCGAGGACGCCCGUAACCCCCGGCGUAAGCCCCGUCUGAUGGAGGAGGACGAGCUGCCCACCUGGAUCAUGAAGGACGACGCCGAGGUGGAGCGGCUCACCUGCGAGGAGGAGGAGGAGAAGAUGUUCGGGCGGGGCUCGCGCCAGCGCAAGGAGGUGGACUACAGCGACUCGCUCACGGAGAAACAGUGGCUGAAGGCGAUAGAGGAGGGGACGCUGGAGGAGAUCGAGGAGGAGGUACGACACAAGAAGACCACCCGCAAGAGGAAGCGGGACCGCGACGUCGACCUCCCCGGCCCCUCCUCGUCCUCCUCGGGGGGCCGGGGGCGGGACAAGGACGAAGACGGCAAGCGUCAGAAGAAGCGGGGGCGCCCCCCCGCCGAGAAACUGGCCCCCAACCCCCCGGCCCUGAGCAAGAAGAUGAAGAAGAUUGUGGACGCCGUCAUCAAGUAUAAAGACAGCAAUGGCCGUCAGCUGAGCGAGGUCUUCAUCCAGCUACCGUCUCGCAAAGAGCUGCCGGAGUACUACGAGCUCAUCCGCAAGCCUGUGGACUUCAGGAAGAUCAAGGAGAGGAUCCGUGGCCACAGGUACCGUAGUCUAGGAGACCUCGAGAGAGACGUGAUGCUGCUCUUCCAGAAUGCACAGACCUUCAACCUGGAGGGCUCCCUGAUCUACGAGGACUCCAUCGUGCUGCAGUCUGUGUUCACCAGCCUGAGACAGAAGAUCGAGAAGGAGGAGGACAGCGAGGGGGAGGACAGCGAGGAGGAGGAGGAGGAGCUGGACGAAGGCUCUGAGUCCGAGUCUCGCUCGGUGAAGGUCAAGAUCCGCCUGGGCCGGAGGGACAAGGGCGGCGAGCGAGGGAAGGGGCGGAGGCGUAUGGGCCGAACCCGGGCCAAACCUGUCGUGAGCGACGACGACACGGAAGAGGAGCAGGAGGAGGAACGUUCUCCCAGUGCUACUGACGAGGAGACCUGAGGAGGAGGAUGAGAGAGGGAGGAGAUGGGGAGGAGGAGAGGGG